CCGAAGUUUGGGGCAAAAUCGAAGCCCAACUGUCUGUCCUUCGAGGAAGGGAAGGGGGAGGAGGAGGAGGCGGCGCUGAGAUCGAGGUAGCAUAGAGCGGUGAGUUCGAUGUCUCUGCGGAAGGCGUUACUAUCGAGGGUCGCAUCGUUGUCCAAGUUCAACGGCGAUGAGGCAGCGGGGACGGCGAAUGAGAUCGAAGGGGCAGAUGUAGAUGGGGUGGCUGCGUCGCCUGGGGAGGAAGACGGGGAUAGAUGGGCGCGGAUGCUUCCGGAGCUGAUAGGAGAGAUUGUGCGGCGGGUUGAGGCCACCGGGGACCGGUGGCCGUUCAGGAAGGAUGUGGUUUCGUGUGCUUGUCUCUGCCGGAGGUGGAGGGAAGUGACGAUCGGGACCGUUCGCCCUCUACCUGAGUCCGGAAAGAUCACCUUUCCCUCUUCCCUCAAGGAGCCAGGGCCGGCAGAUGCUCCGAUUCAGUGCUUUAUUAAGAGACACAAGAAGAACUCAACCUUCUAUCUGUAUUUGGGUCUGACGCAAACAUUUAUGGAUGAAGGAAAGUUCCUUAUGGCAGCACGUAGAUUUAGGCAUGGUUCUCACACUGAAUAUAUUAUCUCUCUUGAUGCUGAUAACCUGUCCGUAGGAUGUAAUGCAUACCUGGGAAAAUUGAGAUCCGACUUCUUGGGUACAAAUUUCACUGUAUACGACAGCCAACCACCAUCUAAUGAUGCCAAAACAUCAAGUGGCAGAAUUAUGCGCCGUUUCGCUAGCAAACGAAUUAGCCCUCAGAUCUCUUCUGGUAACUUUGAGAUUGGACAGGUAUCCUAUAAGUUCAACCUUCUCAAGUCAAGAGGGCCAAGAAGGAUGCACUGCACUCUUCAGUGUCCCAUGGCACCAGAUCGCUUAGAAGAAGGUUUUCUAAAGAAGGCACAACAUAGCACCGGUGCACCUGUAGUUCUCAGGAACAAAUCUCCUCGGUGGCAUGAGCAUCUGCAAUGCUGGUGCUUGAACUUUCAUGGCCGUGUCACAGUGGCCUCAGUGAAGAACUUCCAGCUGGUGACAACUGCUGAUGCUUCCCAACCACAGGGAGCUAGAGAGGAUGAGACAGUGCUGUUGCAGUUCGGCAAGGUCGACGAUGACAUGUUCACCAUGGACUACCGUCGACCGCUCUCAGCCUUCCAGGCAUUUGCAAUCUGCCUCACCAGCUUUGGGAACGGUGUUUGUUAGCUGUGCUGGUGUUUGAUGUGUGCAACUAGUUUUCGACUGUGUCGAUAAUCAAAUGUUCAACUUGUACAUUAUACCAUAUGAUUUUUAUCUCCCUUUUUAUUGGUUGAACCACAUUGAAGAAAUCAGUCAGUGGUUGGACACUUUGAAGCUUCAGUGGAGUUUAAGUAUGUAUUGGCUCAUCAACAGAAGUCUCUAUGCAAUUAGCAAUGUAACGAAUAAUGCACAAUGAAUUCUAGUUUGUGAUGGACUUGUUCUUGAAUAAUUUUAUGUUGAUUUUUUUCUUUCUUUCUUUUA